GAGAAAAAAAGAGGGGUUCGGUUCCCAGCGUCGAAAUGGCGGUCCCGACAACGCCCCCACGCGCGGCGGCGCACUGCCGGAUCGCGGCGCGCGCGUCCACGCCCCCGGUGACGGCCGGAGGGAGGCCCUGGGAGCUGCCGCUCGCCCUGCUAGCGGAGCGGGGGAUGGUGGUGGGGGGCCACCGCGGGAUGGGGAUGAACGCGGUGGGGGCGCCGCCCGGAGCGCGGGUCGGGGCGGCGAGGGAGCGGGAGAACACGCUGCUCUCCUUCGGCCGCGCCGCCGAGCACGCCGCCGUCGCCUUCGUCGAGUUCGACGUCCAGGUUACAAAAGAUGGUUGCCCAGUUAUCUUCCACGAUGACUUUAUCCUCACCCAAAAAACUGAGGUUUUGUUUGAAAGGCGUGUGACUGAUCUUCUUCUGGAAGAAUUCCUUUCAUAUGGGGUACAAAAAGAACCUCACAAGGUCUCCAAGCCCUUACUUAGACGGAUGGAAGAUGGCAGAGUCCUUGCUUGGAGCACAGAAGAAGAUGAUUAUCUCUGCACAUUGCAGGAAGUAUUUGAACAUGUCAGUCCCCAUCUGGGAUUCAACAUCGAACUAAAGUUUGAUGACAACAUUAUCUAUCCGGGUGUCAAUCUUAACCGUGCUCUUCAAACUGUACUGCAAGUUGUUUUUCAGUAUGCUGGCAACAGACCACUCUUUUUCUCAACAUUCCAACCUGAUGCCGCACGGAUAAUACGGGAACUCCAAAGUGUAUACCCUGUACUGUUCUUAACAGAAGGGGGAACAGCCAAACACGACGAUAGGAGAAGGAACUCACUCGACGAUGCCAUCCAAGUGUGCCAAGAGUAUGACUUGCAUGGGGUUGUGUCAGAAGUCAGAGGAGUUCUAAAAAAUCCCUCUGCGAUCAUAAAAGCACGAGAAUCCAACCUUGCUAUUCUCACCUAUGGGCAGCUCAAUAAUGUGCGGGAGGCUGUUUACAUCCAGUAUCUAAUGGGUGUGAAUGGUGUCAUUGUUGAUUUAGUGGAGGAGAUCUCCAAUGCUGUUGCAGAUUUCAGUAAACCAGACCUUGGCCAGAGCACAUUCAGUAACAGUGUUGACAUGGGCAGAAAACAUGAGUCCUUCUCACAGCAGCAGCUGGGGUUCUUGCUGCGGCUUAUACCUGAACUGAUUCAGCAACCACACUGAAGACAGAUAGUAGCCAUGAUUGUCUCGGUUUUGAAGCAAAUUGAGGAUUUCAUGUUGUGUUGACAUUUCUGACAGUUGUAUUUAACACUAGUCUAGAAGGUACGUACAUACUAGAGCAUUGUUGCUGUUUCAAAUAUAGAUGAUUCCAUACAGUAAAGAUAGUCAAAUCAACCGGCAAUUUAUUAUGCAUGUAAUUGUUGACCAAUCUUGUUGCAACUGUGUGCAUAACAACUUUGUUAACGACAAGAAGAGCAAUGCAUGGCCAGAAUGUUUCGAAAGCUUA